AUGUUAGCUUACCAACCUCCUCAAAGGCUUGUUUUCAUCUUCAUUGCUAUCUGCAUCACACAAUUUGCUCUCAUCCAAGCGGAUGAAAUUAAAUGUAUCAAGGGAUUCACCAGGGAUAAAGAUAACUCAGACUGCAGAGACUCGAAGGCUGUGGUAUGGACCUGCCCAACAAACCAGUGCGGAAGAGAUCAUCAUCUCUGGGUACCAAUGAAAGGCUGUUUCAUGGACGGCGUUCCAGGCACGAGCUCCCAAGAAUGUACGGGCUACAAUUAUGGACGUGAAGGCAGAUAUCAAUGUUGGACAUCGGGGGUCGACAAAUCUUACUUUUGCCCUUAUACAACCUCCAAUGUACCCUUCAUCACAUGCUCAGGUUGCAGCAUACAGCCUCCACAGGGAAACGUGCCGUCGGGAAACGCGGAUAGCUCUUAG